AUGUUAAAUUCCGACACAUUAAUCCCUCCAGAGGCCAAUGGAUUUUUUAAUCGUCUCAAUCUUCCAGUAGAACAGAGGCCCGUUUUGGGAUAUUUCAGCAACAAAGUAUAUAACGUAGAUAAUGUAGAGGAUUACCUUAAUUUUUCAUGGAAAUUUGAUAAUCCCUGCUCAUCGGACUUUGAGGAUAGGUUUGCAUUGUUAGAAAACCUCUCUGACGUUUUCUCUGCUGAUUUGGAAGACAAACUAACAUCCAAGUAUGAUUCAAGGUUGAUUGUGUUAUCAACCUUGGACGAGAAGUUACAGGAAUAUUUGUAUGGAGUUACAGGUAAUGACCAUGAAACACCAGAUCACUCGAGUUGGAAUUUGCCAGAUUAUCACCCUUUAAAGGUCAAAUUGGUUCUUCCAGGAGAUGAAAAGUUCGGUCUAAACACAAAUUGGGACCAAAGAUUGCAAUCUUCAAUCAGAAAUCUCUUUCUUUUUAAAAACAAUGACAAAUUGAGUGAAUUUAACAAUGAUUUUGAAUACUCCUUAUUAAGUGAUGUUGGACAUUUUGCAAACUCAUGUAAAUUGGGGUCAAUUAAGCUUUUAAACUCGUUGCUUGCCUCAAAUUUCUCCGAAGUUCCGUCUGGGUUUUUUGAAGUUACCCCUCAGUCAUACCCACUAAUUUACAAGUUCUAUUCACCAAAGUUCAAAGACGACCGACUCUUUGUAUACGACGGGAUUGUGUUCACUCUAGUACUUGGAAACUGCUCGUCAUACUCAAAAAUUAGCUAUACAACGUGUAAAAAGCUUUACUCGAACGAUCUAAAGGGAAAGCAAGCUCUUUGUGACGCCAUACAUAUGAUUGGUACAAUUUCUAGAUUUGCAGUUCCUUUCUGUUGUAUAACCGAUUAUAUGGGUUUCAGAGUAGUAGGAGAACCAUUGAUCAGCCUAAGCUUAAACACGAAGUACUUACUGGAUGAUUUACUUGGUUUUGACUCGUACUCAGUUAUAGAGCAUGAUGGGCAUCUUGUGACCUCAUCACUAUUCGAAAACGACCAACUCUAUCAGGACUUUAUUAAGCUUUCUACAAAUCUUAGAGUUUCUUCAUUACCUGUGCCAUUCGGGUCAACGGAUCUUGAUGGACCUCAGGAUUUCAAUAACAAUUCUAAUGCAGUCGAAUCAAAUGGAACAUUGUACUUCCGUAAUACACAUGAGGUUUUACCUCCAAUGCCAGAUUUAAAUACUGGAUAUGAUCAGUUAUACAAGAAUCGUUUUCGCCAAGAAUUCUCUACAGUACACUACGAAGGCUUUUUAAAAUGUACACUUAAUUCACAGUCUCUAUUUAAUAAGAAUUUUGAUGACACAAUGUUCCAAACAGCAGCGGAACUCAAUAACUUUGUUCUUGAAAAUAAUUUAGACAAAUUCCACACCAUGACUAGCUCAUGGGACAUAAGUAACACACUCCAUUCAUUUGGAAUAAAUAUAAGAAAUAUUGGAAAGAUAUAUGAAAAUACCAGCCAUAGUGCACUAAAAGACUUACUUGCAUGUGAAAUGGUGUCGCGAGCUUUUAAACACCUAUGGGACAUGGAAUUGGAAAGUUUUAUUAGAAAUAAGAACGUGAACCUGGAUUUAAUUCAAGAGCUUUUUGUUAAAAUGUUAAACGAUCUUCUAGGUCUUAGUCUAGAAUCUUUGUCAUUUUGGAACCAAUAUAUCCACCCUCAAAUAUCAAUUCACUUUAAUGUAAUUGAUUUGCAAAGCAUAACUUUUAAGACAUUACCUCAAAUGUUACUAAUUAGCGCAGUUGAAUAUAACCUGGGAAUAGUUAUACCUAAAUUAACAAACGGUCAAGAACAUACUAAACAGAUUGACCUAAAUCAUUUUAAGUCUUCAAAACGUUCUAAAAUUCUCCAUAACGGUCAAUUUGACUUGAAUUUUUAUGCAAAAGUUUCGGUUUCAUGCCCUAAAUAUAACCUGUCAAUAUUUAAGGCAUCGUCAAAACUGUGUGACCACAAAGGAUUCCAUGGAUACGGGUUUCUUUUGGAAUCCUCCAGCUUUGGAAUGGGAUUGCCAAGACACAUAAAGUCCAAAAUUGUUGGAACUGGUUACCCUUGUAAUCCUAUAUGUUCGUAUAACUAUGAAUUGGUAUGUAGUAAAUUUAACCAACACUUAACUGGAAUCAACCUAUACUGCCUAAUCGAAUCAUUGGUCCAAACAGACCCAUUUUUGAGAUUUAAACUCCUACUAACUUUGGGAUACACAUUCCUCAAGCAUAGAUUUUAUAAAAAAGCGCUUCAAAUCUCCAAAUUUCUGUCAUUGAAUUCAUUUUCAAUGACGCUUUUUGUUGAGGCCAAGAUCUUGGAGUUACAAUGCUAUUGUUUAACUGGGGAUAAUGAUUCAAUGGAGACUGAAUACCAUUUGAUAAAGGAUAAUUUGAAAAGCUUGGAAGGGUUUGAUGGAUUUUUAAACUUGCAGGUACUCACUGUUAAUAGUUACCACAAAUGGAAUACCAAUGAUUACAAAGGAUGUAUAUCAUACAUAGAGAACUCCAAAGAGUCAUUUUUACAUUUGUUCUCAGUGAAAAACUACGAGUGGGUCCCAGUUUUCUUCCUUUCCCUUUUGGGCUAUUGUAAUGCGAAACUAAAUGUGUAUUUUGACUCGACGAAGGUUCACCACGAAUUGGUUAGAUAUUGCAACUUGUCUAAUCUUCCAACCUACACUAAGUGUAACUUGCUAUGGCUUCUCUUGGAAUCACUAAUAAGGGUGGGAUCUUACUCACAUGCAUCCAAAAUAUCAACUGAUUUGUUGUCGAUCUUGGAGUUUCAAUUCGGACCCUUGUCCAUGGAAUACUUGAGAUCACUGUAUGUUUCAGCAUGGCUACACCGUCAAAUGGGUUCUAUACAUUUUCUACACCCGUAUCUCUACCUUUCAAACUCUGAAAAUUUAAUCCAUUACAAGGGGCCUAACCACUGGUUCGAAAAUCAAGAUUUGAUAAUGGAAGAGCUUUCUUCAGGAAAUUGCUGUUUUGAUAAGAGGAAACACUUGAAGGAAUCACAAAACCUUUACACCAUUAUUUUGGACAAGUUUUUAUACCUCUCAAGGAAGAAUAACAUCAAGAUCUUGGAGAUUAUCAAUAAUAUAGACCCUAAUUUUUGCACUUCUAAAUUAGAGAAACUUGUAAAUAUAACUAAGCAGAGUAUUUUGGAACAAGGAAAUCAAAAAGUUAUUGACGGUCUAGAAGAUACGAUUCUAGUCCAAUACCUUGAUCAAUCCGAUGUGUUUCAAUCCAAGAUUAUGCUUGUUGUUGAGAAUUAUUUGAUGCUUAAAAUACUUUCUCUCGAUACUAAGCAAUACCAUGAAGUUGCAAAUAAGCUUUACAAUGCAUAUGCGAGUCAAGUGUCUAGUGAGUAUACCAAGCAAUUAUCGACAGGAACAAGAACAGAAUGCGGAUAUAUUAAGACCAAAAAGACAUACAGCUACGGAACAAGGGUAAUAAGAUUUCCAGAAUCAUUCUCAUCAUACCUAUCAAUAAAGAAAAAUAUAAUACCAAAAAGUGGCCAUGAUCUAAGAUCAACAGAGUGUUUGCUAAUGGCAGAACCAGAAUACACUAAGAAAAAAAUAUGUGAAAUGUGUCUUUCAAGCUGUGAUUCCGGAGCUGAUUUCAAUAACUGGUAA